AUGGCACAGCUUGGUGCGGGGGAAGAAAAGGGAGGUCAGCAUCCUCAUUCAGCAGUUGGGAUAUCCACGAAGGAUGUUCGUGCUGAAUCAACCUGUCUCCGAAGAGAUCAGGACUGGAUCCAGGAUUAUCAGACAUUGUCUUUAAUCGAGUUUUUAAACUGCACGCGCUUUUUAGGCGACGUGAAAAGAAUGAGGAGAGAAGAUCCUGCUGUAGAAUUCUGUCUAUUGUCUAUUGAAAUUAAAUGA